CGCUUUCACAUUGUGUCUGUUUGUUUGUUUCAGGUGAACAAUUUUGUAAUUUUCCAGGGCUUUUUCAGCCACCAGCACGCUCCAGCGAGGAAGCUGCCUCUAAAACGUCCUGAAGGAGACAUAAAACCAUAUUCUCUGUCAGAUCGAGAAUUCCUGAAGGAAGAGGCUGAACCACCUUGGCCCUUCAACCAAUCUCGGGCACUGACCCGUUCUAGCAGCGUGGGGAAUUCUCCAGUGCGGGGCUGCCUCAAACCUUUCCUCAACGAGCAAGAGUUGCUGAAGAACCUGCGUCUCUGUCCCCCACAUGCAGCUGCCCAACAUCUGAUAAAUGGUGAUCCGAGCAACUUGCUUUCACAGAGGCGGAGAACCAGGGAGAGCUCUCAAAAGGACAUCUUGAUAGCUCGGAAGUGUUCCUACAGCCGCUUCAAGAACUCUGCCCAAAGUGCAGAAGACCCUGAGAAAAGAUCAAGUGAUGUAAAGGAUAGCCCUGAUUUAUCAAAAGCACCUCAGAGAUCAGAGAGCAGGCCAAAAAGCACUCCUCUGAGCAGUCCCCAUCAUCCAGAACCAAUGAUCAUUAGGCAGAUGGAAGAGACAGCCCAUGCUCCUGAAGAAUCUUCACAUCAGAUGAUGGACCCUCAAACUCUUGCUGAUCCAGCCAUUCUGGAAAGGACAAAGAACAUCAGUGCCUUAACAGUCUCUAACAACAAUGCCAUUUGCAAAAGUAAUCAUGAUGUUCCCAGGAUUUCUCUGCAGGUGAAUAAGGGCCAAAGCUCAUGGCAGAUGAAGCCACUGUGGAUAGUAGCGGGAGGUCCUUAUGAAGCCAAGUGGAUCCACCACAAGUAUAUGUAUCGCAAUACCAGACCUUGGUAAGAGAAAUGGACCAAAAUCGUGGCUGUUAAGUUGACUCAACAGAAAGUGUUGCCAAUAGGAAGUAGGAGAACAUUACCAACAGCAUUGGUAAAGUAUUAUAUAUUGAGUUCUUCCCUCUUCCCUGUUACUAGAUCUGACUAAGGUAGCUGCACAACUUUUUUUAUGUUCAUGUUGCCUUAGAUCAAACUAGAACUCAUUUAGUAUCACCCUCUCACUCACUCCUUACAUUGGGAUGGUGAAUCUGGCCUUCUAGGGCAGGGUUUCUUAAUCUUGGCAACUUUAAGACGCGUG